GGCGUAGGCAAAACUAAAGAGUGGGUCCCACAGCAUAUUUCAUCUCCUACAAAUAGCAGACCACUCCACACCCUUUCCAAUUGCAAUCAACACAAACACAACAAACACCAUCAUCAUCAUCAUCAUCAUCAUCAAUUCAUCAUCUCUUACAAUAUUGUGUCUGAUCCUCUCUGCAUACUGCUUCUCUGCUAAAUUUUAGAGAAAAAGGAGGUGCACGGAAAGUUACUGACGAAAUGCCUGCGAGAAAGAACAUGAAAAACAACUUGAUCCCAUCUUCACCGAUGAAGGUGGUUCAUCUUCACAAAGAAGAAGAAGCACAAAUGAAACAAGGGAUUGUCACCAUUCUUGGCUCCGAUUUCUGCCAUGGAAACAAACCUGGCGGAGCUUCCAUUAGAAGAACACUCUCUGCUGACAUGUCAUCCAAGAAAUGGCUUCAGCAAAACGGCUUCUACUCCCCCGCCGUUAAAAAGAUCCCUUCUUCUUCUUCGUCUCCUCCUUCUUCAUCUUCGUCGUCUUCUUCGUCAUCGGAAAGCGAAGAAGAAUACGAAGAAAUAACAGCACCGGGGCAAGACGAUGUUUGGAGGGCAAUUCAGGCAAAGAAAGAAAGAGAUGAUGAAGAGAUGAAGAAGAAGAAGCCACUACAGAUGGAUUGUUGGGGUACCAUGCUCACUCACAAGAGUGAGAAUUCUGCUGCUCUUCUUGCAGCGGCUGCCACCGCCCCUCUGCCGCCGCCUUAUGUUCAUCCACUCGUGAAGAGAUCGGCGAGCACUUUGAGUGAAAAAAGCCUUGAGAUUUGCACCGAGAGUCUUGGAUCAGAAACUGGUUCUGAUUGCUUUUCUGCAGAAACUGAAGAUCAAGAGAAGUUGGUUGUGAUGCUGCCGGUGGUGGUCGGAGAUUCGAACGAUCAGUUUGCGGAUACGCAUGUGGCCAAGUACAAGAAGUCGCCGACACGGCCUUUUCCGCCGCCUCUUCCUUCAAUCGCCGGCGGCGAUGGGUCGGCGCUCCACGUGCAGUCCCACCGGGAAAAUGGGAGGCUGGUUCUUGAAGCUGUUUCUGUCCCUCAGAGAAACCAUUUCCAUGCUCAACGUUGCGACGGCCGCCUUGUUCUGACUCUGGCCCACGCGCCGUCCGCUUGUGAAGUGACGUUGGUAGAAGAAGUGUUUGAUAAUAUGGAAGAUGUCGAUGAAGAUGUCGUUACCUUUGCGGAGGAGGAGGAGGAGAAGGUGGAUGACGGAGGCGGAAACGAGGGUUACGUGGCGGCGGAAGAGAAUUUCUUCCAGGCCCAAAGUCCUCAAGAAGCUAAAGAGCAUAUAUAG